AUGCGGCGAGGGUACAUCUGGGACCACGACGCGUUGGGUAACCUGGACGAGCAGGAGAUUAACGACGAGACGCAGAAAGUUCAGGCGUGCGCGAUGCUGUGCGCCGCCACGCCGGAGUGCUACAUCUGGCAGCUGAGAGUGGUGGAGGAAGGAGCUUUUUGUCGCAUGUGGCGGGAGGAGCAGAGCCCAUGCCUGGCAGACCCGUCAGACGGCGCCAACCCCAUCCACUACAACCCCACGCCCCCCUGGAAGGGCGUGUUCGGCUUCGGGGGCGGGUGCAACCGCAGCAAGCGGGGCCGAGGCACAGAGAGCACCGCAGCAGGGCAGGGGGGCGCCGGGGGGAAUGCUACAGUGGUGGCAGGAGGGAGGGGUGGGAAUGGGAGUGUGGCAAAUGGGGGAAGGGAUGGGCGGACGCGGCAGCAGGGGUAUGAGGGGAAGCAGCAGGAGCUGGAAGCACAGCAGCUGGUGCCGCAGGCGCACGCACAGGGGGCAGGAGGGAGGCUACCAAUGCUGACAGUGGAAGGAACGGCUGGGGUGAAAACAGACCCCAAUGCCACAGCCGCAUGCCCCGAUCUCAUGUGCAAUGUGGCAAUCAAAGGUAUCUUCUUUGACCAUGAGGGGAAGGGCCAUCUGGGGGAGAACACAACUGGCCCGGCCAACCGUGCCCAUAGCUGCUGGAUCAUCUGCCGGAAGACCGAGGGCUGUGCGUUUUGGAGUUAUCAUCGGGAGAAGCCAGAAGGUCGUUGUACAAUGUGGAGUGAGCAGCAAGACCCCUGCAAGCCUGCGGACCCCAGUGACCCUACAACUGCACGCUACCGGCCCUGGCCAGAUAGAGAAUACCUUGUUGGCGGGCACUGUAAAGCAUCCAGCCCGUCGCUGCUCGCGCGCGAGACGUCCUUCGAUUCUGAGUCACCGCUAAUGAAACGACCAUGUGCGCGUAAUAUCAGCGGGUCGCAUCGCACAUCGCCUAGUUCUGCCUUCCGAGACAGUCGCGCACUCGCUAUUGGCAGCGGUUGCGACACGCCCCCUGUUCUCGUGCUCGAAAGAGACGGUGAGGAGGACGACGGCAUUCCCUCGCCGCACCCGAAGCUAGCAUUUCCCAGGGGUGGAGCGCAAUGCAACCGCAAUCGUCGUUACAAGGGCGUGCGACAGCGAAAAUGGGGCAAGUGGGUAACUGAGAUUCGCGACCCUCGCACGAAGAUUCGCGUGUGGCUGGGAUCGUACGAAACCGCGGAGGAAGCAGCGCGAGUGUAUGAUAUGGCGGCGCGGAUAAUAGGGGGAGGCCGCGGAGGCGCCGCCUGCGGAAAGCUCAACUUCCCCGACGAGGCGCAUCCCGUCGCCGUUCCGCGCGCCAUUGCGGAAGCGCUGAUCCGCACCGUGCGCGAAAGCAGAGCCCAGUGCGCUGCAGAUGUCGCAGGGGGCGAGCGCCUCGUCGUCGCAGGCGACGCCGCGGACGACGGGAGCGACGCGCGCGAGGGCGCGUGCGACCUGCCUGCGAGUUUCUCGAGCGACGUGGUCCGUCUCGAGGCCGUGGGCGGCAGCGUGGUUGUGGCGGAGUGUCCCCCUGCGGCGUCAGUGGCGCCGCUUGGAGUGAUCUCCGGUGACAGGGGGCAGCAGAUGGUGUUGCUUGGUCCCACUGGCGUUGACGGCGGGAUGGAGCAGCCGCAACAGACGCAGCAGACGCAGCAGCAGCGGCCCCUGCAGCAGCAGAUACAGCAGCACACACAGCAGCAGAUGCAGCAGAGUCAGCAAUCACAGCAGCAGCAAGGAGGGGGAGUUGGGGACCCUGCAAGGGCACCAACCACAGGCUUCACACUCCACACGCCCUCAGCACUCACUCCCAAGCAGGAGAUGCCUGCUAUCAGCCUCCAGCCAUGGCUGGAUCAGAGCGUAAACGCAGCGGCCCCGACGACGCAGUUCCAACCAAGUAAUCCUGUGGGAGUGUCCGAUCCACUUCUAGGAAGGCAAAAUUCGUCAAACAUUGGUGGUUGCGGUGCUGCCAGUAAUGUUAAUAGCGGUUGUCCUGGAAGCGAGAUUGCGUGGGAGUUUGAAGGCGGCAAAUUGAAGGUUGCAGUUGUGAAGGAGGAGGCGCAGACUAUCCCAUACCUGGACACCAAAAUGCUACUUGACAUGAAGCCGAGUGCUCCUGAGAAACCACGUGGUGCUGAGAGGCCACGUGCCUCCAUGGGCCAAUCCACCCCUUGGGAACUGUCAAUUCCUGUGCACCCAUUGGCCGGAGGGAGUGGUGCAGAUCCCGAGUCUCCCAGAAGCCCUUCCAGCAGCAGCAGCAGCAGCGCCAGCGAUUUGUCGUCUGCCGGACACUCCCUUUCGGCCGCGACCUCCGAUGUACUGGACGGUGAUACUCUUCAACAUGUCUCCACACAGCCUACAGACGAGAGCCACAGCCUUCCAGCCAGUGCUGAUUCUGUGCUGGCAUGCCAGGCACAGGUGGACAUGCUGACAGACAUCAUGAACCUGCUGGAUGAGCACUUGCCGGCCAGGCUCACUUCUCUGACGGAUUCCGGCAGAUCUGACGGCCAGUUAGAUGGAACUCCUGAGGGUGGUGCUGCUGCGCAGGAGGCUAUUCUCUGGGCUCUGGCACAUACUCAGGGGGCUCCAGCUGGGCGACAAUCCCAAGGGAUGGGUGCACCUGAGUCCAUGGCUUGCCCUGCUGGGUUGUUGGCACGGGAGGUGUGUGAGGGUGAGGCGGAGCUGGUGAAUGUGUCGCCAUGGGGUUUGUCACCAGCAGCUGUUGGGUUCGACCUCUGGAGCUGA